GCCUCUAUCAAUCUCAACCCAGAUUCCCAAGAAACAUCUGAAUUCUGAAAUUCCAAUCAUUUCUCCAAAUUCCCACAAUUUUCUCUCAGUUUCUCUAAAUCCAAACAUGGGCACCUCCCAAAGCCGCGAAGGUCGAGACCUUUCUGACUCUGAAUCAGAGUACCAAUCGGGGGAGGAAGAGGAAGAGGAAGAGGAAGAAUUCCAUUACGACGCCGUAGAGCGCCAGGAGACACCCCAAAGCACCUCUUCAAGCCGAUCCAGAAAAGCUCUGGACGAAAUCGAUGCCAAACUCAAAUCUCUAAAACUCAAAUACCCAAAUUCCCAACAUGCUAUACCUAAUUCUGUCAAGCUUUAUCUCCAUAUCGGCGGCAACACGCCAUCCGCCAAGUGGAUCGUCUCCGAUAAGCUCACUUCUUACAAUUUUUUCAAGACCUGUAAAAUCGACGGCAAUGAUGAUUCUGAUCAAGAAGAAGAAUCUCGCAGUGGAGAGAGCUAUUUCUGGAUUUUGAAAGUUGGGUCCAAAGUUAGGGCGAGGGUUUCCACGGAAAUGCAAUUGAAGAUGUUUGGAGAUCAAAGGCGUGUCGAUUUCGUUAAUAAUGGAGUCUGGGCUUUGAAAUUUUUCACUGAUGAGGAGUAUAGAACAUUUGUGACCCAGUUUCAAGAUUGUCUGUUUGAGAAUGUUUAUGGGCUUCAAGCCAACGAAGAGAACAAGAUUAAGGUUUAUGGGAAGGAAUUUAUUGGCUGGGUUAAGCCAGAAAUUGCCGAUGAUACGGUAUGGGAUGAUGCCGAGGGUGAUACUCCUUCAGGCAAAGGAACACCUGUGCAUGCAAAUCAGGAUUUGAUGGAGGAGUUUGAGGAGGCGGCUAAUGGGGGUGUGCAGAGCUUGACUUUAGGUGCUUUAAAUAAUAGUUUCUUGGUUAAUGAUUUGGGUGUACAAGUUUAUAGGAACUAUCACAAGGGUAUUCAUGGGAAGGGCAUUUGCGUCAAGUUUGAUGACAGAAGUAGGACUAGUUCGGACCAAUUGACUCCAAAAAAGGCAAUGCUCAUGAGAGCAGAGACGAAUAUGAUGUUAAUGAGUCCAUUAAAGGAAGGGAAGCCGCAUUCAACAGGGAUUCAGCAGCUUGAUAUUGAAACGGGAAAGAUUGUGACAGGGUGGAAGUUUGAAAAAGAUGGGACUGAGAUUACAAUGAGGGAUAUAACAAAUGAUACUAAAGGGGCUCAAUUGGACCCAUCCGAGAGUACCUUUCUGGGUUUGGACGAUAAUAGAUUAUGUCAAUGGGAUAUGAGAGAUAAGAGAGGAAUGGUGCAGAGUAUUGGUGGUGAAUCGCCUGUUUUGAGUUGGAGUCAGGGGCAUCAAUUUUCAAGAGGGACCAAUUUUCAAUGCUUUGCAAGUACAGGCGAUGGAUCUAUUGUUGUUGGAUCAAUUGAUGGCAAGAUUAGGUUGUAUUCAAGGACAUCAAUGAGGCAGGCUAGGACAGCUUUUCCUGGGCUUGGCUCGCCUAUUACUCAUGUGGAUGUUACAUAUGAUGGGAAGUGGGUAUUGGGGACAACAGACACAUAUUUGGUCCUUAUUUGUACGCUCUUUACGGAUAAAGAUGGCAAGACUAAGACUGGAUUCAGUGGUCGAAUGGGAAAUAAGAUACCAGCUCCGCGAUUAUUGAAGCUGACUCCUCUGGAUUCACACUUGGCUGGGGUGAAUAAUAAAUUUCAUGGUGGUCAUUUCUCAUGGGUGACUGAGAGUGGCAAACAAGAAAGACACCUAGUUGCCACAGUGGGCAAAUUCAGUGUGAUAUGGGAUUUCCAGCAGGUGAAGAACAGUGCACAUGAGUGCUACCGGAAUCAACAAGGCCUCAAGAGCUGUUAUUGUUACAAGAUUGUGUUGAAGGAUGAGUCCAUUGUGGAAAGUCGAUUCAUGCAUGACAAUUACGCAGUUAGCAACUCCCCAGAAGCUCCAUUGGUGGUUGCAACCCCCAUGAAAGUCAGCUCUAUCAGCCUUUCUGGCAAACGAUCACAAGCCUGAAAUAUUUUUUUUGUUAAUAAUGUACAAAUCCAUUUCUGUCUGCUUUAGUUGGCUUCUGCACUUCAUUUUCUAAUCUUUUGUUGUUUGAUUUUCCCAUCUUGUAUUUUGACAUGGGCUUUGUAUUUAGUAAGAAUAUUUGAACUGUUUCUAACA